UCUAUUGUGGGCGAAAUGGAAAUCAACAAGCAAUCAUCUGUCGCUGACAUUAUUCUUUUUUUGAAAAACAACAAAUUGGAUGAAAUUGUCGAAGAUUUUAAAGCUAAUCAAGUCGACGGCGAGGAUUUUUUCAAUUUAGAACCACAUGAUAUUUAUCAGAUGAUUCCUCGAAUAAAACUUCACAAGAAGUUUACGUGUAUUUGGAAUGACGUUACUCAAAAGCUGAAAGCAGAGUUAGGACGUAUUUUGGAGAAGAGUGAUGUUGUGCAAGACAUGAAGGAACGAUGGAAUUUGAACAAAUAUAAAAUGCUGUCUGUUAUUAAAAAGACAAAGCAAAAGAAUAUCAGCAGUAUCCUUGAAGAGCUGGAGGAUUGUCCAGUUGAAGAUGAGAAAGAGGUCAAGAACCAGUGUAUAAUGACAUGUUUGCCUUAUGUGUUAGAUGACCAAUGCACCCAUCGAGUUAUGAACAAAAAGCUAUUUUGGGACAUUGUUGAUGGUAAAAGCUUGGGGGAAGUUCAAGAGAUCAUUAACAAAAGUUCAUCUCCUGGACUCCUAUCAACAGGAACAUUAAGAAACAUUCAUUCAAUAAUGUUGGUGGCUGAGGUGAUGAUUGUGGCAAAGCUGAAAAUGGAAAAUAUUGUCAAUGCAGUUACUAUUUUACUUGCAGUUACUAAUUGCAGUUACAAAGAAGUCAGCUGGUGUCGGGUUAUAAGAUGA